GAAAGAGCUCAAAAAACAAAAAAAAGAUGCAAAAUCAAAACAAAAACAAGAAACAAAAAUCACUAGGUCCAUGUUACUGCGUGUUUUAUCUAUUUGGGUCCAGACCAUCUGCUGAUGAGUCCAGAAGCCUGCUUCGUCCUAUGAUAUACGCUCUCCUUGGGUUGUUUUAACUUUUAACUUGGUUCGGUGUCGCUUCGACUCCUUCGAGUGAAGAUCGUCACCGCCUCACCAUUCUCCUAACGAACUCUCCCGUGCAGCAAAGCUUUUACAUGGCGGCUUUGAGGAAAAUACUGGCAUCAAACCACCCUAGGUUAUCAUAUCCCUCUCUUCUUCCUCCGGCUUUUCUUAUCUCUUGCAGAGGGAUCACUUCUAAGCUUUUUGUUGGAGGACUGUCAUUUUACACUACCGAAGAGCGAUUAUCAGAAGCAUUUUCAACAUGCGGUCAAGUUGUUGAAGCUAAAAUUGUAAUGGACAGAGUCUCAGACAGAUCAAAAGGAUUUGGAUUUGUGACCUUCGCUUCAGAAGCUGAAGCGGAGAAAGCCAUAACGGACUUGAAUGGAAAGGCACUGAAUGGGCGUGUAAUUUUUGUGGACUACGCAAAGCCCAGUACCAAUUUUCGUGAUCAAAUGCCAAUAGCAAGGGGACCUCCUCGACUAUUAGCUGAUAGUUGAUUACUUUUACAUGUAUAUGUUUGGAUAAGCUCAUUAGCUUCUUUUAUUAAUAAAUAAGCUAAUUUGUGAUGAUUCCAAAUGCGUGAAGUGUUAGAAGCUACAGCCUCAGCACCAGAAUCAAGAGUUGAUAUAAUUUUAUUUAGAACCUGGUAUACUUUAAUUUUAUAAAUGAGAAAGUUUCCACAA